AUGUCUUUUGCUGAAGAAUCUCCACCUAUAGAUAUAUCACAUAAUGAAACACCACUUAUAUCAAAAAAUAAAGGAGGCAAGCCAAGUUUACCUCAAAAAAUUGAAAUACAUUUAACUUUUGAGUGUCAGAAAGCUGAACCUUCAGUUAGAGAUUUUUUUUUACAACAAUUAGCGGUUAAAACUAUCGAUCAAGAUUUAACUGAAACAAAUAUACAUAAAAAAAGAAAAAGAUAUGAUAGUAUUAGACAAAAAAAAAUUACUGAGUUUGAAA